AUGGUCGCCCAACUGUUCCCACCCCGCCAUGUCUACUUCCCCUCCACCCCCUCCCACACAUCCACCGUCAUCCUCCUGCACGACACAAACAGCACAGGCGCCGAGCUAGCCGCCGCGCUGGCCGCCUCAACAACACCAGCAACAGAAACAGCGACAGCUGGAAAUUCCAAAGCUAUCUUCGAGCACUUCCCCUCCUGCCGCUGGGUGUUUCCCUCUGCUCAGCCUCGGCAGAUAGAUACUUGCCAUGCGAGCCCGGGGAAUUGGAUCAACAUCGAUGUCGAUGUCGACGUCGACGUCGACAGUGAUGCAAACGAAGAUGAAGACGCAAUCGCAAACGCAGAUUCUCCUCAACAACCACAACCCCAAGCACAGCUCAGCCCCUCCACAAAAGACGACGAGAAAGACCACGAAGACGAAAACAAAGACCAAAAGGAAGAUCUAGAAACCUGCGUAGCGUACAUCCUACAAAUAGUAGAGGAGGAAGUCACCCGGCUGGACGGGGACAGUCACCGCGUGGUGCUGGGUGGGUUCGGGCAGGGGAUGGCCGUUGCGAUUGCUACAUUAGUCGCUGCGCGGAGGCGACUGGGUGGGUUUGUGGGUGUGGGCGGGUGGAUUCCUCUGCCGGAGAGGGUCGAGGGAUUAGGUGGUCGGGACCGGGGGCUACUUGCUAAAGAGGAGGCGAGGAUGGGAGGAUCAGAAGCAUUUCCAAGGGAUUUGGUGGAUGGGGAGGCGACGCUGGAGACUCCGGUUCUUCUGAGCUAUCUUGAGGAUGAUCCAUGCGUGGAUAUUCAAACAGGAUUGACAGCCUACGAGAUAUUAAACCGCUUGGGGUUUCUCAGGGUGGUUUGGGAUGCCCAGCCUGGUUCACAGCAAGACGAGGAUUGGCUUUUAGAUGCAACCCAGUUAGAUACAAUUGUGGGUUUCCUGGCAGAGGUGUUUGGUCAUGAGGGCAGCAUCUCUGCUCAUGAUGUUAUGUUAUGA